CAGGUGAGAGUGGACGAGAGACACCGAGGAGGAGCUCACCUGUGUGCUCAGCUCCGCUUUUAACAGAGGACAUUACUCCAUCAGGAGGACUGCUGACAGCUCCACACAUGAUAAUCCACUGCUGUCCCUAGGGAGGAGAAGUGAUGAGAAGAUAAAUAAGGAAUCAGUGGAACAGUAAAUCCACGUGAGGGAGUCAGUGGAGGACUAUAUUCAUGCGAGAUGGAGCCGAGUCCAAUGGUGUGGCACACUCAGGUGAUCCCGCUGGAGACAGAGCUGGAGAAGGUGAGCUCGCAUCCCGAGUGCUCCAUCUGCUUCAACACCUACGACAAUGUCUUCAAAACGCCAAAACAGUUGGACUGCACCCACACUUUCUGCCUUGAAUGCCUUUCCCGGAUCAUGACCACCUCCAUGGACCCUCAAAACUCAAAAAUCCCAUGCCCCUUCUGCCGCCAACCAACCACCAUCCCAAAAAAGGGGCCGCCGGCUUUGACCACCAGCCAGGAGGUUCUGUGUCGCCUGCCCAUCCACCAGCAGCACGAAGAGCCUGUAUGGCUGGACGGGGAGAAGCUCUGUUACCAGCGGCCAAUAGAAAUGCCAGGAGUACCAGCGUUCUGCAUUUGUGUGGAUAUUGGAGCUAGUGGCCAUAGUGGUGUGUCUUCUUCCCAGACUCGCCCACGGCUCGGUCUAAUGGAACGGCUGAUGGACUGGAAACGUUUGCUGCUUUUUAUAUUCCUCAUGGUGCUGCUUUUGGGCAUUGUUUUGUGGCCCCUGCAGUGCAUCGUCACAACGGGCUCCUUGCGUUGCGCGCCCCAGAACAUGCAUAUGUCUACUACUACAGCUUCUACUACCACAGUCACAAUGCUGCCGUAAAAUAAACUGCAAAAUUCAGAGGAUUGGUACGCGUUUACAUCCAUUCAUCCUUGCUAAGACUGUUGGGUGAUGAAAGAGUUACAGUGAGCUGCAGGACGGCGGUACAAAUGUAAGAGCUGCAUCAGUAUCUUACAGUACAUUUUAAUGAGUGUCAAAAUCUAGCCAGUGCAGAUGAGAAAGCUGACGGAUGACUGUAUGCCUACAAUGAUCAAAACAACAUUUCUAUUAAACAAGUUUAAUAAAGGGCAAUUCAUCAACAGAUGCUGACCAAAGUUAACAGACACUUAAGGUCUGAUCAGUGUUUUGGUUGGUGCUGGUACUGUAACCUGGUCAUUAUCUCUGCUGGGCUGGUUCAGACAGUCUAGCGUGUACUGGCCUGAAAGGGAUGGUUCGCUUAAAAAUGAAUAUUUGCUUCUAAUUUACCAACGAAAUCUCAAGGCAAUUCGUAAUUUUUUGAUUUAGAGGCUAAAUCUGCGGUCACACUGGGCUUUUCCUCCCAUAGACUUCCAUUUAUACGUACGCGAAUGCGUCAGACUGGAAAUGCGGGGUCAUGUGUCAAAAUCGCAUCACUUGACUGCGUGAGAGCAAUCGAGGAUCAAAACAGGACCUCUCUGGACAGAAAUUUAAAACAUGGAGCAAAACGCUCGCUUUUUUAAAUGUCUAAUCAUUUUGUUUAAUCCCGCCCCUUUUCGCAGCGCCGCACGACAGAAUUUCGCACACACAAAGCGCGGUGUGACCGUAGCUUAAUUUGUAAGAAUUCGUACGAUCUAAUUCAUACAAUUUAGUAAGAUUUGCUCAUCACCCAAUGACGGUUGGGUUUAGGGGUGGGGUUGAGUGCCACGCCUCCUUUUUAAAAUCGUAACUUUUCGUACGACUGAACUAUGCUUGAAUUCCUACAAAUUAGCAACUAAAGUGGCAAAACGUAAAAUACUUACGUUUUCUCGUGAGCUCAGGCUGAAUUUACUCACCCUAAUGCCAUCCAAAAUGGACUUUGCCUUGGUCAUUUACAAAAUGCAAGUCAACAACUACUUGAAAAACACAUUUGGGCAAAACAGAAUGAAUCCCUGUGGAUCCUGACGACACAUUAAGGUCUUAACAUCAACAUUAAUGUAUUGUCGAGAGAAACUUUGCAUAAUUUACAAUAGAUAAACUUUUAAUAAACAGUUUGACUAAUGGUCCUAAGUGUGUUCCAAACAUUUCACACAUUACCAAUACUUGAUGUAAUAACAUUUUCCACAGUAAGUUCUCCAGACUGUCUUUAAAGGUGCUGUAUGUAUGUUUUUGACUAUUCUAAAGCAUAAAAAUACCAUCAUUUGUUUGCAGAUAUUUAACAAACAUGCCAAGUCAGUUAUUCUGCUUUGAAAAUAACCUACCCAAGGCCAGUUUAGCCCAUUAUAUUUCAGCACCCCAGGAUGCCUUGGUCGAAAACCGCAUAUUUCAUUCAUUCAUUCAGAAAUGCUCUCAAAGCAUGCGCUCGAGACCGAAAUGCAACCUCCGGUGGACAGUAGCAGACACUGAAAUGACACGCAGAUUCAGAGUUCAACAUGAGAUUAUUAUUUAGAAAAUAAUAAAAAUAUUACCACCGUAAACAUCAGGUGAGCAGGUUACAUUGUAACCCUAUGUCCUAAAAACAUGCUCCGUGAUGAGGUUUGCAGUGAUGAAACGCAACAGAAAUUGAAAUACAGCCAUUCAGAAGCACAGAAUAUGCACUCACACAUGAAAUGGUAAGGUUUAUGCUCUAAUUAAUACAUAUUAAACCUCUUUAACAUUAUUAAAUGUACAUGCUGAAUCACUGACGUGUUGGUUUGCAUUAUUUUACAGUUCUAAAGUUCAAUUUUAAAUGGUUUACUUAACUUUCAAGAUCUGAGGUAAACUAUCUGUUGCUGCUUUCAGUAGCAUGGCAAUAAAUGUCAUGUAAAAUUGCAUUCAAACUCACAUUGCUAAGAGCGUUUCUGAAUAAAGCACAUGAGGUGCACCUGAGGUGAUCACUGUCUGUUGAUCAGCUGCAAGAAAAAGAAACAAUUUCUAGUAUAUCAAUUCGAGGUGUUGGUUAGAACAAAAACUCCUUUUAAUACGGAGAAUAUUCCCUCUAUCACGUGCUGUUACAUUUUUUAGUACACGAUUUAAAUCAGCCUUUUGGCUCGAUUGUUAGGCUUGCUCCUUUUAGUCCUCAAUCUGGCAACUUGCGUUUGCGUUUGUUUUGAUCCAGGAAUGCAAUACCCAAUUCAACCACUGGGUGUCAAACUCACAUACUGCACCUUUAAAGAGCCCAUAUUAUGGGUUUUUGAAAAUGCCCUUCCAUGUAGUGUGUAACACAGCUCUAAGUGAAGUGAAAUAUCCAGCUAAGGCUUAAAUCUGUAAGUGUACAGUGUUUAAAACUAUUGAUUCAUCUAUAAAAGAGUCGACUCAUAGUGCUUCAAACGAGUCGUCUUGAUAACGAGUCAUUAGGUGUUUCGCGAUGACGCAGCCACGAAACACAAGCCUCGCCAGUAGUUACGCGCGCAAACCAGGGAGAUUUGAAAACCUGCGGCCCCGCCCACUAACACAGAAAAAACACUAGACACACACACACACAGACGCUGCCGGUCGAAAGAAGUCACGCUGUGCUCAGAUGGAUAAUAUUGACAGUCUCUACCCAAAGAUGAGUUGUGAACUGUGAAGAGUCAGUGGUUGAGGUUUAUUCACUAGUGUAAGUAAGUGCGAUUAAAAUUGUUGCCUCGUUUAACUUGCAAAUUAUGUAUUUAUUGUGUUUUGUUACUUGUUAACCUGGUACAGUACACGCGGUUACUCUUUAUAUUCUCUUAUCACAUGUAAGCCACGUUAAAAACGCGACGCGUGCCGCUUUGUUUACGGAUUUAACGUUAAAGGCUUUUGUGAGCUCGCGUUCCAUUGCCGUUUGUCGUUGCUAUGGCGAUCGUAAGCUAGGAGACAGGAGACUUUCCCUAUUUCUUCUGAGGAGCGUUGUGUGUGUGUGUGUGUGAGAGAGAGAGAGAGAGAGAGAGAGAGAGAGAGAGAGAGAGACUCGCGUCGCUUUCCCUAGUUUUUCUGAGGAGCGUUGUGUGUGUGUGUGUGUGUGUGAGAGAGAGAGAGAGAGAG